CAAAAAAAAAAAAAAAAAAAAAAAAAGGUAUGGAGGAUGCUAAACAAGGCCAAAAAGCCCAUGUUCUUGUGGUUCCAUUUCCAGGCCAAGGCCACAUUAACCCAAUGUUUCAAUUCUCCAAACGCUUAGCCUCCAAAGGGAUUAAGCCCACAUUAACCCCAACAAUCUACAUCUCAAAAUCCAUGCAGACUCACACUAUUCCAACCCAAUAUGGCCCACCAAUCCAAAUAAGGCCCAUUUCCGACGGCUACGAUGAUGGUGGUUAUGCACAGGCUGAGUCCACUAAGGCCUACUUAGAUAGCAUUGCAAUUGAAGGCCCAAAAACACUGGCCCAACUUAUUCAGAAGCUAGCUGAGGAAGGAGAUCCAGUUAAGGCUGUGAUCUAUGAUGGGUUUGCUCCUUGGGCUUUGGAUGUGGCGAAGAAGUUUGGGCUUGUUGGGGUUUUGUUCUUUACUCAGUCUUGUUCAGUAAACAGCAUAUAUUAUCAUGUCCAACGUGGGCUGAUUGAGCUACCACUUUUGGGCCCUGGUCCAAGUACGGUAUCAGUUCCUGGGGUUCCGGAGCUCCAGCCGUGGGAGGUUCCGUCUUUCGUCGAAAAUUACGGGUCGUACCCGUUUUGGUUUGAUGCGGUUAUGGAGCAGUUCUCUAAUAUUGAUCAAGUGGAUUGGGUGUUGUGCAAUAUUUUCUAUGACAUGGAGAUAGAGGUGGUUGAUUGGAUGUCGAAAAUGUGGAAAGUAAAAACCAUAGGACCAACAGUACCAUCAUAUUACCUUGACAAAAGACUAGAAGAUGACAAAGAUUACAGCCUCCAAUUUUUCAAGCCAAACACUGUCUUAUGCAAGAACUGGUUAGACUCCAAACCAAAAGAAUCCGUCAUCUACAUAUCCUUCGGAAGCGCAGCCGAGUUAUCUGAAGAACAAUUUAAAGAACUAUCAUGUAGUUUAAGAAACAGCCAUAACAAUUUUUUGUGGGUUGUAAGAGAAAAAGAGCAAACCAAGCUUCCAAAGGGGUUCAUAGAUGAAACUUCUAAACAAGGCUUGGUGGUAGGGUGGGCUUCUCAGCUAGACAUAUUGGCGCACGAGGCGACGGGCUGCUUUGUGACUCAUUGUGGGUUCAAUUCGGUCCUCGAAACUCUGUCUCUUGGGGUGCCUGUGGUGGCUGUUCCACAAUGGACAGACCAAGGGACUAAUGCUAAGUUUGUGGAGGAUGUUUGGAGAAUUGGUGUAAGAGCAAAGGUAGAUGAAAAGGGGAUUGUGAGAAAAGAGAUGUUGGAAGAAUGUAUUAAGGAAGUUAUGGAGGGUGAGAAUAGGGAAGAAUUUAAGAAGAAUGCUGCUAAAUGGAAGAAGUUGGCUAAAGAAGCAAUGUAUGAAGGUGGAAGUUCUGAUAAGAAUAUUGAUGAGUUUGUAGCUUAUGUUAUUGGAUGAUAAUAGUUGUAAUUUUAGAAAGUAAUUUACUCUUUUUGUUUAUGUUUUUGGUGUUAAGUUAGAAAGUGAUUAAGUAUAAUGAUGUAGACGAGAUUUGAUCGUAGUUUUUUAUAUUAUCCCACAAGACUACCAAUUUAGCUAGAUGGGAUAUGCUUGCAAUAUAUGUAUUGUAUCAUUGUAUGUAUAAGAGUUGUGAAAUAAGGGAAGAUGCAUGGAUGAAUUAAUAUAAGUACAUUUUAUCUUUCUCAUCAA